AUGGCAUCACUAAAUCGCCCAGUGCGCAUCGGGAUCGACGUAGGAGGAACGAACACGGACGCCGUCGUCCUGGAUCCGGCGCAACGGGCAGCACCGGACCGCGGCGUGCUGGCCUUCCACAAAACGCCCACGACCCAUGACGCCACGUCCGGUGUCGUGACGGCGUUGAAGGCCGUGCUGGAGGCGUCCGAGAUCAAUCGGUCGCGCAUUGCAUCCGUCACAGUUGGCACCACGGCGUUUCUGAAUGCCGUUAUUGAGCGCAAUCCCCGCCGGCUGGAGCGCGUGGGCGUGCUGCGCUUGUCCCAGAGCUUCCUGCGCGACAUCCCGCCACUGAGCGACUGGCCCGCGGAUCUGGCGGCGCUUGUGCGAGGCUACGUCGGCUAUGUCAACGGCGGCCUGAACAUUGACGGGUCCGAAGAGGCGCCCAUUGACGAAAGCCAGGUUGUGAGAGAGAGUCGUCAGUUCCGGGCGCACGGUCUGCAGGCCAUUGUCGUCGCUGGCGUGUACGCACCAAUUGACCAAACAUUCCAUCAGGAAGACCGAGUCCGGACGAUCUUGCAACGCGAGCUGCCGGGCGUGGACGUCGUCUGCUCGCAUGAAGUUGCCAAUAUCGGCUUCCUCGAGCGAGAAAAUGCGGCCAUUCUAAAUGCGGCCAUCUUACGCUUCGCCCGUCGGUCAAUCAGGCAAUUUGAGCAGGCCCUGAGCAACGUCGGACUUGCCAACUGCCCGCUGUAUCUGACACAGAACGACGGUACCGUCCUCGACGUGGCCGCGGCGUCACGUGUUCCCAUCCGUACCUUUUCCUCUGGCGUCACAAAUUCCAUGCGCGGUGCGGCGUAUCUAGCUGGCCUCACCCGAUCUGCACAGGCAGAGCAAGGCAGCGGCGGUGCGGUGGAUCUGGCAGGACAAGCCGCGAUUGUCGUGGACAUGGGCGGGACAACCACCGAUGUCGGCGUCUUGUUGCCGUCAGGACUUCCACGACCAGCAGCCACAUAUGUGUCUGUCGGAGGUGUUAGCGUUAACUACGCCCUGCCGCAUCUGCAUUCCAUCGGUCUCGGUGGUGGCUCGCUGGUGAGUCUCGCAAAACCGGACGGCCCAGCGGUUGUUGGACCGGCGUCCGUGGGAGCCCAUCUUGAGCGCAGUCUUCUCUUCGGUGGCCGGACGACGACAGCAACCGACAUCGCCGUCGCUGCGGGCCGGGCGCGCAUUGCAUCUGUAUCGGACGUGCCUGCUACAGUGACCGGCCUCGACAGAACCCUGGUAGAUGCGGUGCUGGAGCGCGUUGGUGUCAUGCUCAGCCAAGCCAUCGAUUUCGUCAAAACGUCACCGCUGCCACUUCCCGUCUUGUUGACCGGCGGCGGGUCCAUCCUGGCCCCAGGUGAUAUCGCUGGUGCGUCAGAGGUAAUCCGGCCGCCGUUUUAUGACGUGGCCAACGCGGUCGGUGCGGCGUGUUCUGGGGUUGGCGUGACCGUGGACACAAUCCGGAGCAUCAGCGAGAAAUCUACUACCGAGAUAAAGGAGGAAGUGGCGCAGUUGGCCGUGGAUCGUGCCGUUGCGCAGGGUGCCGUGCGAGACUCUGUGUAUAUUGCCCAGGUGGACGCCAUACCCAUCCCAUACCUCGACAACCGCAUGCGCUUCAUCGUGACGAGCAUUGGCGAUUUGGACCUGACGGCUGCCGCAGCAACUGCCUCCUCACAAGCGUCACAAGCCGGCCUUAUCGACGUCGAAGCUUACACAGAGACCGAGGCCGAAUUUCAAACGACAGAAGAACAAGGGCCUAGCGUGACGCGGGAGGACGCCGUUGACGUCGAAUCGUACACACCAAUCGUAGUGCGCAACAAGACCACAGGCGUCGCAGAAUGGCUGCUGACCAAGGCCGACAUCGACUUUUUGGCCGACGGCUGCUACGUGCUCGGGUGUGGCGGCGGGGGCAACCCCAGCGCCGGCCGUCUGCAGCUUCAAGAUCUUCUAGAUGCUGGCCACCGCGUGAGGGUGGUGGAUGCCGCGGACGUGUCCGCUAUCGCCGACAAUGCCCAGGUCUACUGGGGCGGCCGCAUGGGUUCGCCCGCCGCCAUCGCGGAACGCCUGCAGGCCCACGAGACCGUGCUCGCGAUCCGCGCGCUGAUGGACUACUUGCGGCACGACGACUUGGACGCGGUGGUCGGGCUCGAGAUUGGCGGUGCCAACGGGCUCGAGCCGCUGCUGUGGGGCUCGUCGCGCUUCUUUGACCGCCCCGUCCUCGAUGCCGACUUUAUGGGCCGGGCCAACCCCAUGUGCUGGCAGACCACGCUGACCGUGCACCAGCCCGGCCACUUCUGCCCGUGUGCCAUUGAUUCGGGCACCGGCCGCACCCUGCUGCUGACACGCGCGCCACGCGACGAAGAUGUCGACCGUCCUCUGCGGGGUGCCUUGUCGGAGCUGGGCUCACUCGUGGGCUUGGCGCCUGCGCCGACGACGGGUGCUGCUGUUCGCCAAUUUGCCGUGCAACGCAGCUUGUCUCUGGCCUGGCGCAUCGGACGUGCCAUUGCCCUGUCCGUGGCUCGCCACGACGCGGUGCGCGCCGCUGAGACGGUGAUCCGCGAGCUCGGCGGCGCAACGAGUGCACGCAUUCUCUUCCGCGGCAAGAUCACCUCCAUCGAGCGGACACUGCACAAGGGCUUGUCCGUCGGUGUCCUACACAUUGCGGCCACUUUCGAUGACGAUGAAGGCGAUGGUAGAGAAACCUCUGUAGCCACGGGCGGGACCCUUCGCAUCCCCUUUGUCAACGAAAAUAUCCUCGCGGAGCACGUUCGCGAUGGCGCUGAUGGCUCGUCAAAGGUCAUUGCUACCGUCCCAGACCUGAUUGCGCUGCUGGACCGUGACAAUGGAAAACCGGUCGGCGUCCCCGAGUACCGCUACGGUUGUCAUGUCGUCGUGCUAGGUAUCGCCUGCUCGCCGCGCUGGACAGAUACGGGGCGCGGCAUCGAGAUCGGCGGCCCGCACGGCUAUGGCUACGACAUUCCGUACAAACCGCUUGGCACGUUCCAAGAACCACACAGUGUUAUCCAGCAAUAUGCUCCGCCUAAAUAA